GCCCGAGCCCGCUCGUGCCCGUUCGCGCCCGCUCUCCCCACGAUACCACAACCAAACACUGUCACUCGUGAACAACAUCUCACAAACAUCCCCUCAUCAAGUGCACUAGGCUCUUCGUAAAGACAACGAACGUUUCAUACAUAAAAUCCAACAACUUCCAUUCAACCGAUAAACUUACCGAAUGUGUGUCACGGAAGAACGGUCACAACAUUGACAUUUAAAGUGUUUUGUGAUGGUGUAAAGUUACAAUAAUAACUAUGUGUCUUUUGCGUACAAUUAACAACAACACAACAGUGAUAAUAACAAAUAACUAUCAGUUACAUCAACUUAAGUGCUGGUUAAGUAAUCCAUCGUAAAUUGAAUUUGUGACUUCCGAUAUGGCUUCUUCGUGGAAGGAGUGUACUAUUUUGAUUUUUGUAAUAUCAUGGCAGAUAACGAAACUCGCAUCCUCCUGUCCUGAAAUAUGUGGAUGCGAUAAUGUUUUACUGCCGUGCUCGAAUUGUUCCUACAAUAUCACUUUAAAAAACAAUGAAAACAUUGAUCAGAUGUUGAUGUCCUGCAAUCGAGACGCGGAAACCCAAAAUCAGAUGAGUAAACUAUUGAAUAAGACGUAUUUGGAAGUAACAGUUGAUUUCGAGAACGAUUGCAAUUGUAGCGAAUUCAUUUUAAAUCUACCUUUAUUGGAAACAUAUUCAAUUUCAUUACGCAAUAACAGCAUUAUUAAGUUUCAAAUAAUGUUAAAGCAUAAAACUCUACGAGAUUUAGAUCUAUCGCUUAAUAAAAUAGCGCUUAUAACAAGAGGAGCUUUUAACAAAUAUUCAAAUCUAAGAAAAUUAAUUCUUACUGAUAAUUGCAUCUCAAAUAUCUUGAAAGAUAGUUUUAUAGGGCUAACAAAAUUAGAAUAUUUAGAUUUGUCAUAUAAUAAUUUGACUACACUGACAAAUGUUUUUACACCUCUCAAAAACUUGCAACAUCUUAAUUUGAGCCGCAAUAAUUUAGAAUUCAUACACGAGAAUUAUUUCAAUAAUUGGCUUUUGCAACAUUUGGACGUGUCUCAUAAUAAUUUAAAAAAGCUUGCACCGGGAGCACUUCAGCUGUUACCGAAUCUCGCUCGUCUAUUAUUAACAGACAAUCCGCAUUUAGGAAUUACUCAGGUGGAUACCCAGUUAUUAGUCGGAACUGGUCGUAGAUUGCAACAGAUCGAUGCGUCCAGGAUAGGAUUAUAUCAAGUACCUGAAGCAUUUACGCAUUCGGUGCGGUUUCUUUCACUUAUUGGCAAUAAAAUAACAGCCAUCAGGUGUGGUGACUUAGACAGUUAUCCCUUACUACAGUCCUUAGAUUUCGCCGAAAAUCAAAUCGAAUCAGUAGAAGACGACUCAUUAGGAAGACUUGAAAUGCUGUUGUUUUUAAACAUCAACAAAAAUGUACUUACCGCAGUACCAAAGUCAUUGCCCGAUGAACUUAAAUAUUUAUCGCUCAGUAAUAACUCAAUCAAGAACAUUUCCAUACCGGAUUUUAAGAAUAUGCCGAAUUUACGGAUGUUACUAUUGCAAUACAAUCAAAUUCAAUUCAUACAAGAUCACGUAUUUGAUGAUUUAUUAUCGUUGGAAAUGUUGGAUCUUUCUUAUAAUCCUAUACAAAUGCUCUCACCUAGUACAUUCGACGGGCCAUUGUCUCUGCGAGACUUAAGACUUUGCUAUUUAAAUGUUUCCGUGCCUCAAGAAGUUGGUUCAUUUCCAAUGUCUUCGCCUGAAAGCGUUCAAAUGCUUCACUUACAAUCGAGCCCGGGCUUGGCGAGACAGUUAUUAGCCGAUUCAGCUGCUUUAGCAGCAUUUUCACAUUUGCAGUAUUUAGAUUUAAGAAUGAAUAAUCUUACAGAUGUAAGAAACGAUUUGCUUUUCUACUUGGUACAACUUAAAACUUUGAGAUUACACGGCAACAAUAUAAAUUGUAGCAAUGAACUUUGGUUGACCGACUGGAUGAAUUGGAAUAAAAGUUUGUCUGACGGGGAGACAUGUUAUUUUUCAACUUCUGAACACAAAGCUGAUAUAACAAAGUACAAUUGUACGUUCCAAGAAACUUUUACCAUUAAUGAAAGCUUACCGCCCGUUAGUUUAUACAGCACUGAAAUGAUAAAUAAAUUGUUGAGAUACUACGGAUACCUUAAUAAUAAAACAGAUAGAAUGAUUUCUAAACACGAUGUCUAUAUCAAUGAGAAUAAAGGCAACACUACUACUGAAUAUUUGAAAAAUAAUAAAAGUUUAUCAACAAAUAAUUAUGUAAAAGACGAUGUUAUAAUAGAUGAUAAAUUAAAUGACGCCAGGAAAGUAAAUCAAACAUUGUUCAAUGAUAACUUUAACGGAUCUUCGAUCACUAAAAAUAGUCAGUUGGUAAAAAUUUUAGAUGGAAAUAAAUAUCAAAAUGAUCAACUCAAAAUAGACAGAAGAUUUUUGGAUAUCGACGUGGCAGUCUCUACACCGAGUAGAACAUCUAAGUCUGUCGACUACAGUGAUACGACGGAUGUGCGACGAAAGUCGUUUUCUGGGAAAAGAUUGAAUACUCCGAUUUUAUCAAAGAUACCACCGGCUCCGUAUAUUUUUACAACGACAAAAUUAAAUACUCAAAUCACUCUAAAUGAAGCGUAUACUGCGAAUCCUAAUGACAAGCUAGAAUAUUCACCUUAUCAUGCCAGAGGUUCAAAUUACGCUCAAUACAUUGGUACGGCGGCAGUGACGGGCUUGAUUGUGAUGUCGUUGAUUCUUUGGCUUAGUUUUCGCCUAAGAUUUAGAAGACGACGCUCUCUGCCAGUGGACACAGACAACCAAAUAGAGGUGUCAAAUAUUUCUGGAGGUGUACUCUGGUGACACUUGAGGGCAGCCGACCCAACGCCAUUUGAAUAUGAUUCCCUUUUAACGUAACACAAAUGUGAUCGUGGUCGGCUGCAAGAGAAUUAGUGUUUUGUGAUAUAUUUGGACGUUAAUAUUUUUUUAUGAAAUAAGUACAAAUAGACAAAUUAAUUACACUCGGGACUAUAAGUGAUUAGUGUAUAAAGUGUAAAUAAAUAAUCUGUUUACUUAUCCAUGAAAUAGAUAAAAAAGACAUUUAUUUUUUAUGUGAGUUACUGAUCGAUCAGUGUCUAUGUAAUGUAAAUAUAGCAAUAAUGUAGGGAGACAUAAAUUGCUUUCAGAAUACAUCACAUUUUAAUAAUACUAAAGUAUUUUUUCCCUGUGAGAAAGUUUUUAGGGUAACACGCGGUGCCUACUUUGGUGACUAAUUGCGCGUCCUUUACUGUACUUAGCAUGAUUGACAUGACCUCUUACUUCUCGAGGUAGCAGUAAUUAUUAAUUUUUACUGUUUUGUUACGUCUCGGUUUUUUACUUACAUUAACUAAUAACAGUUUUCUUUAUGUUGCGGUCACAAAAUGUAUUUAGGCGCUAUUUCGAAGUUUAGAAACUGUAUUGGUAAUUUUUAAAAUGUGAUGUAAUCUAAGCGAUGUAUAUAUUAUGUAGGUAAUACUCUUGCGCAAUGUAUUUGACAAAGCAGAUCACGUCUUCCUUCUUAACCCUUUUAGCGUAACUGUAUAGGUAUCAUCUAAUCAUAAUCAUCGGUAGAUAAACAACCAAGUGCCAAUUUAUAUUCUAUGACAAUACGUAUUCUACAAUCGUUUUCUU